AGCUAGAAAAGUUGCUCCCAGAGGAAUAACGGUUCGCACUCGAUGCUGUGUGAGAGCGACGAUAACUUGUGGUGGUGGCUACUCUCAAAACACCGAGACAAUAUGGCUGUGAUGGUGAUUUUGUACAUGUAAAAUUUACCUCUUAUAAUUACAGUGCCUUUUAAUCAAGAAACUAGUGCCAGAGUUUAAAGCUUCUAUAUUAGAUGCUUAAUCUAUUACAAUAUUUUAAAAAGAGCGUCCUCCCCAACCUACAGAGUUGUUGAUCAAUUUAGUGGGUGUGAUAUUCUGUGAUUAACUAAAAUUAUCGCUCUUUUAUUUAAAAUUUUUGAGGAAAGUGUGAUAUUAUAUUUUGGAUAGACUUAUCAUGACGUUAAAUUGCAUUGAUCGUGCACAGUCCCCAACGCACAAAGGGAACCUCCUGCAGGGCAGGAAAUCUUCGUUGAGCCAUCAACAAAAUGCCAACCACUCGAGACGAAAUUCUUGCAGUCCACCUCUUACCAAGACAAAUAGCCUCGGUCAUCAACAACAGUCUGAAUCGUCGUGCAAACAAAUCCACUCUUCCAAGUUGGAGAGGAGCGUAAGCAGCGACCCAGGGUCUGACAGGAAAAUGGUUCAAAACACCAACUCCAGCAGGUACAAGACGGAGCUCUGCAGGCCUUUUGAGGAAAACGGCACUUGCAAGUAUGGCGACAAAUGUCAGUUCGCUCAUGGUAUUAAAGAAUUGAGAAGCAUGGCGAGACAUCCCAAGUACAAAACCGAACUCUGUCGAACCUUUCACAGCACUGGCCUCUGUCCGUAUGGUCCAAGAUGCCAUUUCAUCCACAACAGCGAACAGACCAAGAAGAAUCUGCUGACCAACCUUAGUACCAGUUCAGCACCUAUUAUACCUGUCGGCAUCAGGCCAAAAGCACUCACCAGUCUGGGUUCGGAUGGCGAGCUUUCUCCGCCAUCGAGCAACGAAGGUUCGCCAACUGACUUGAAGUGUUUCAAUGACAUUUUCAACUCAUCUCCCACUCAUCCGCUGUCUCCCACUCUUAUGAACGAUGUAUUCUUCACUGAAAUGGGUCCGGCAGGAUUUGUUUAUCAGGAUUUGUUGGAACGUUUGUCGGAUCACGGAAAAUCGAAUUUUGCUCCUGGCUCUGCAGAUUACGUCGGCUACCUUUAUAGAGAUGACAUUGACAUUGAUAAUCACAAAUGCCAAGGUGGUUCUGUUUUUGACUUUGACAUUGAUAAUCACAAAUGCCAAGGCGGUCCUGUUUUGGACUUGUAUCCAACUGGACCUUCCCCUUCUCCCCCAGAUAACUACAAUUUUCUUAAAUUCCCUAUUUUUGAUACUUUUCAGCAAAAUAAUUUUCAGCCGAAAAUUCACUAAAAGAAUUUCCUCUAUUGAUGCCUUAAAGUUGAGUAUGUAACUGAUAUAGAGACAAUUUUUCGUGAAAUUGGUGAUAACGUCAUUAAAGACACUAAUCUACAGUAAUGGAAGAGACAUUUUCAGUUUUUAAUAUUUUUUUUUAAAAAUUCUCAAGAAAUACUUAAAGUACUAUUUUGUGAAUUUGGAAUUGUUUAGUUAAU